GCCCUGCUCCCCGGCACCGCCUCCAGGUGCGCUUCCCGGCCUGGGGCUCGCAGGGCGGGUCCCACUGGUUCCGUGGCUAGCCGCCGCCAGCUCCUCAGUCGCCAGUGCGGUGCGGCCAAGCCGAUCUCCUGGCUUCUCCCCCUCCCCUUUUUCUCUCACUUCCUCCUGCGCAGACGGCGUGCCCCGUGGCACUGGGCGGCUGGCCUGCGGGAUGAAGAACCCAAUGCUGGAGGCGGUGUCACUAGUGCUGGAGAAGCUGCUCCUUAUCUCCAACUUAAAGCUCUUCAGUUCAGGCGCCCCGGGCGAAGACAAGGCAAGGAACACUUUCUAUGAGAUCAACUCUUUUCUCCGCGGCGACGUUCUGGAGGUGCCUCGGACCCACCUGACACACUAUGGCAUCUACCUGGGCGACAACCGUGUCGCCCAUAUGAUGCCCGACAUCCUGUUGGCCCUGACUGACGACAAGGAGCUCACGCAGAAGGUGGUCUCCAACAAGCGUCUCAUCUUGGGCGUCAUUGGCAGGGUGGCCAGCAUCCGCGUGGACACAGUGGAGGACUUCGCCUACGGAGCCGACAUCCUGGUCAAUCACCUGGAUAGGUCCCUCAAGAAGAAGGCGCUGCUCAACGAAGAGGUGGCGCGGAGGGCGGAGAAGCUGCUGGGCAUGACUCCCUACAGCCUGCUCUGGAACAACUGCGAGCACUUCGUCACCUACUGCAGGUUCGGCACCGCGAUUAGCCCCCAGGCCGACAAGUUUUGUGAGAAUGUGAAGAUAAUUAUUCGUGAUCAGAGAAGUGUUCUUGCUUCGGCAGUCUUGGGAUUGGCAUCUAUAGUCUGUCUGGGUUUGGCAUCAUAUACUGCCCUUCCUGCAAUUUUUAUUCCAUUCUGCUUAUGGAUGGCUGGCUAACUUCAUACCCUCGUUUCAGUGUGUGUAUUCUGUGUGUAGAUAUGUUUAUAUUUAUAGAGCACAAAUCAGUAUAAGCAUCGUUGAGAAAAAUGUGACCUGUAAUACUGCGUUCUGGAUAAAAAUGUGAUUAAGAAUCACACAAAGUGCUUACCGUGUAAGCCCAAGAACAAUGGCUUUCUGAAUCUUCCCAGGCAGUUCCAUUUCAAAGCACUGCGAAUCUUGGAAACAUGACAGCUUGUGCUAGAAUUCUCCAUUACAAGAAAAUCAGCCCCUAAGAUGAUGGCCGCAGGAGAUUAUUUGUGUUAUUUUUUUUCUCUGUAAUCAUUGUUCUUCUCUGUUAAGCCUAAAUUAGAAGAUUGGAAAAUUUACUGAACGAGACCACUAACUUUAUUGUAAAUUUAUACUGUUUCAUUGAAAAAUUAUAUUAACUAAAAAAAUUUCCCUUAUCAAAACAUGUUUGAUGAUUGGCCAAAAAAAAAAAUCACAAUUUUUUUCAUGUAUUAUAUAUAAUUUCCAAUAGGUCAAGAAUAACUUCAUUACUUGAAACAAUAUUGGCAAAGGUAAGGUUUAAUGAUAAAGUAACUGACGAGAACUAUAGAAAUCUGUGUUUUCCUGCAGAAAUAGCUACUAAUGCUAUAGUUAAUUUGAUUUGGUUUUACUUAGUAGGAAACCUGGCAUUCAUUUUUUUUUUCCUUUUAUUUGUCACUAGUUACUGUAAACCACUCUGAGAGGAAAAUGAACAUAGGAUUGAAGUAAUUCGGGUACUUGGAGUGUGUAUGUGCCAGUUAAAUACACAGAUAUCCACAUACACUCAGACUGAUGAGAGACAAAUUAAGUUAGUUCUUGAUUGCUUUAUUAUCAUACCAGUGUAGUUAGUAUAGAGCAUUGGUGGAGGUGAACGUAAAAGCAUGUUCAAUCCAUUUUCUUAUGCCCUUGCGUCUGUGGUGUAACUUGCAUGUAUGUCGUCAUUGGACAGUUUAAUUUUAAAGCACUUACUAAUGCACUGUAUAAUUUUUAAAAGCCCUGAGAUUUGUUUCAUUUGUUCCAUUUCAUUGCUAAGUCAGUAUAGUUUACAUCCUUAAAAGAAUGAUGCUUCAGCAAUAUAUAAAACCCAAACAAGUAGGACCAAAGGAAAUAACUGUUAGAAAUCAUUUUUAAGUGUCUUAGUACCACCAGGCAUGUAAGUUGAUUACACAGAGGCUGUUUUAAUAUCAGAGUUGAGAUGUAGCAGUGUUAAAGCAAGCAUGCAAGUACUUUUACAAAAUUACCAAAUUCUAAAAAGUAAGCUACAAGCUAGACUUGCAUUUCAAGUAUUAAAAUUGCUUUAUAAACUAUCAAGAAUCACAAAAUAAUGAGUCACAUAAUGAGUGGUAUGAGGAGGGUGGGGUUAGUCACUCAAAUCAAAACAAAUUUAAGAGCAGAUUUUAGUACAUCACCACUAAUUUACCUACAACAAAUUCAGUUAGAGUUUAAUAAUAAUUAAACUUUGUUUAAUUAUUUAAAUGUCUUGAAUAAUUAAAGCAUGAAAUGACAAACACCACAGAAUAAAGUGUUCUAUGGGCCUAUUCCAACCACUUAAAGUUAUCUUAAGUGUGUAUACAUAAAAACAACCACUAUGAGAACUCCAUUGUAUUAGUGGUUUUUCACUUACUGUAUAUUAUUCAUGUAGCAAUUGUUUAAAUAAAUUCAUUUAAAAAAUAUGGUGUCCUCAUAAAUAAUUAACAUCUUCUUCUGCAGACUUUGGUAUUGCAGGUAGCAAAAACCACUGUGUGACGGUUAAAUCUGUGUUCAAAGAUCAUAAUCCCUCAUUAAAAGCCAAGGGAAGUACUUAAGGUUGGAAUUAACAUAAUUAGUCUUGACUCAUAUCCUUAAAGCAAGAUUCAUUUCAUCAUUCGUGUGCUCAUUAUGUGCCAGACUCUGACCUAUUACAAUUUCAUGCUCUAGAAUUAUUAUUAUUUGUUAACUACCUGUAUUAGAGUAUACACAGUGCUAUGGGAAAACAGGGGUAGAAGAAAUGAAAUCUUCCUGAAGGGUCAGAGAAAUCUGUGUGAAGGAGGAAGUGCCAGCAUCAGGCAGAGAAAUAGUAAGAGGGGGUCUCAUCACACUGACGUGUUCCACUACUUGUGGGAAGAGGGAACCAGAAGGAAGAUUUAUAUUCCCUAGAAUUUGUUGAACUACUAGGAGAAAAGGAGAGUUUUCGUUUUGUUGUGCUCGGUUUGAUUAGUUGCUUAACAAGGUAGAAAGAGAAGCAUAUAUCCUUGAUUGUUGUUAUGGAAGAAAGCCUGAGCCAUUAAUGUCUCUAGUGAAUUCCUCUGGGCUUCAUUAGUUAAGAUUCAUCCUUAUGGUCCUGCAAAUUUCUGUUCUAACUUGUGAAAUGAUAAUCCAGUAGUGUCUGAUGCAGCUUUUGGUGGCUUAUUUUGUUCUUUGCCAUACCUCGCUAAAGGCUGAACAGGACUAGCCAGGGCUAAAAUAAAAUAAUGCAAGUAUCAGGUACUAUGCAGGUGUUGGGGAUGAAAAGAUGAAUGAGACAUUGACCUUCUCCUCAAAGCUGAUGGUCUCAUAUACACAGAAGGAUGUAUUAAGACUUUCUGCAAUAGAGCUGAUUGAAGGCACAGAAAGAGAAGUGGUUCGUUUUCACUGAUAAGGUCAAAAUUAUAGGAACUGUAUUGAGACUUGGAAAAUCGGAGUGUUUUCCAAAAGGACAGAUCUGGGGCAGGACAUUCUACACACUGGGGACAGCAUGAGCAAAUGCACGAGAACUGCCCCCACCAUGCCUGGCACAGAAGAGUGAGGUACUUUCUAAUUCAGGGACUGAAAGCCUGAAACUGCAUGGGGCAUUCAGGCAAGUGCAAGUGGUUCAGAGGCUAGAGCAGAGCAGGGCUGAUGAGAGAUGCCGGGAGAGUGAUCAGGUGGUGCAAGUCUUGUGUAGACCAAGUUUGGACUUUAUGAACGGGCAAUGGAGACUUGGGGUUCAGAGAGGUAACUCCCAAAAGCAUGUUGGAAGAUGGAGGCAUGGGGCAAGACGACAAGGGGAUCUUAGGAGACUAGUUAUGGUCUUCAAUCUCUCAAGUAAUGGCCUGUAAUUGUAAGGGUGGAGAGCAAACAUGUCAAGGAAAUGUCAGCUGACUUUAGCCAAAGCCUUAUAAUUGACUCAUGAGUAACUCCUGGUGGGGUGUCAGGGAGGAGUCAUGCAUCCUUCUUUCCUGCCAGAAAGUUGGUUCCUGAAAAAUAAAUUAAUGUGGUGACCGUGUGUAAAUUGGAUGCUCCAGAUCUUUGUUCUGCUAGAUAUGUUUCUUCCCAAGAACAAGCAAAUAAGUAUGGAUUUGUUUUUUAAAAAAUUAUUUUUUUCAGAAUAUAUAUUUCAUAUUUUUCCAUUUUAUAUUUCAUACUGUUACUUUCAAGUAUCAAAAAUGUUUUCUGGCAAUAUCAAAGUUAUGCCAAUGGCAAAAGUCUUUUGUUAUAGAUGAGAAGACUGUAAGAAAUGAUGGCUGCUAAUCUGUUUUAUAGGAUCUGUUUAGAGAGCUUUACCUAACUAGAUCUGUCAGCUCAACUAGUUUUAU